CGGUGGAGGCAGCGGCGGCGGAGGCGGCGGCGCGCUCACACCGCGUAGCUCUCGGCUGGCUGCCGCGGCCGGGGUGCAGGGCUGAGCGAGCGUCCCGGCGCCGCGGCUCCUGAGCGCGGCCAGCGCGGUGCGUCCCCGCCGCCGGCUCAACCCGAGCACUUCUUGGCCAUGGCUCUGGCGGACAGCACUCGAGGAUUACCCAACGGGGGCGGCGGCGGGGGCGGCAGCGGCUCCUCGUCGUCCUCCGCGGAGCCGCCGCUCUUCCCCGACAUCGUGGAGCUGAACGUGGGGGGCCAGGUGUAUGUGACCCGGCGCUGCACCGUGGUGUCGGUGCCCGAGUCCCUGCUCUGGCGGAUGUUCACGCAGCAGCAGCCGCAGGAGCUGGCCCGGGACAGCAAAGGCCGCUUCUUUCUGGACCGGGACGGCUUCCUCUUCCGCUACAUCCUGGAUUACCUGCGGGACUUGCAGCUCGUGCUGCCCGAUUACUUCCCGGAGCGCAGCCGGCUGCAGCGCGAGGCCGAGUACUUCGAGCUGCCGGAGCUGGUGCGCCGCCUCGGGGCGCCCCAGCAGCCCGGCCCCGGGCCGCCGCCGCCGCACUCUCGGCGCGGGGUGCACAAGGAGGGCUCCCUGGGCGACGAGCUGCUGCCGCUGGGCUACGGGGAGCCGGAGCCGCAGGAGGGCGCCUCGGCCGGAGCGCCGUCCCCCACGCUGGAGCUGGCCAGCCGCAGCCCGUCCGGGGGCGCGGCGGGCCCGCUGCUCACACCGUCCCAGUCCUUGGACGGCAGCCGGCGAUCGGGCUACAUCACCAUCGGCUACCGCGGCUCCUACACCAUCGGGCGGGACGCGCAGGCGGACGCCAAGUUCCGGCGGGUGGCGCGCAUCACCGUGUGCGGCAAGACCUCGCUGGCCAAGGAGGUGUUCGGGGACACCCUGAACGAGAGCCGGGACCCCGAUCGGCCCCCCGAGCGCUACACCUCGCGCUAUUACCUCAAGUUCAACUUCCUGGAGCAGGCCUUCGACAAGCUGUCCGAAUCGGGCUUCCACAUGGUGGCGUGCAGCUCCACGGGCACCUGCGCCUUCGCAGGCAGCACCGACCAGAGCGAGGACAAGAUCUGGACCAGCUACACCGAGUACGUCUUCUGCAGGGAGUAGUGAGCGCCCCGGGUCCCCACGCCGCUCCCGCGCCCACUGCCCCGGCUCCACGCGGGGGAGAGGAUGAUCGAUCCCCAGCCCCUGCCCCC